AUGGACGUUGAACGUUUGAUGCAAGAUUUAUCGAUUGAUCAGCUACAGGAUAUACAUUCCAAACUUUGCGUGGAAGUGGAAGAAAAAAAGGAAGAAAUGCGGCAGAUGGUUGGUCGCCGCUAUCGAGAUGUGCUGGAUGCAUCUAGUUCGGUUCGUCAUGUAAUGCGGAUUGCUGAUUCAUUGGUCCAGUCUGUACAUGCUGUUCGAAAUAUUGAAAUUGAUCGUCCAUUUAGCACUGAACGUUCGAUAUCAAGCGCGAGGCUUUAUCGGAUAUCAGCACUCUUGAAGUUGUAUUUAUUGAUCGGUGAAAGCGACCCGUUGUCAGACGCAUUCAUUCUACUGCUUACUGAAAUUCUUCAUCGUAAUUUGUCUACUGACAUUAUUCAGUCAAAAAAGUUUUCACGUCUGAUUUACCAGAUGUCACCGAAACUCAUACGGAUACGGCUGAAACUUGAAGAUGAGUUUAUCAUUGGUUUAGGCGCAAUAUCUGAUACAAAUGAAACCUUAAAUCAGUUAAUAGCAAUUGCAAUUCUUAAAAAUUGUUCAAGCAAAGAUUUAUUGGAUAUCUUCAUUGAGCAAAAAAUGACAACUAUCAAGAAAGCUUUGAGUAGCUCGUUGCCGUUAGUUGAUUUGGUGUGGCAAGUUCGUCAAACUUUUGAAUGUUUGAAGUAUAUUUUUGUUAAUGGUCGUUUAGCUACGGUGUUACAAGUUGUAUCCACACCUCUCUGGAUCCCAAAAGUGUUGGAAAAAAUGAUGUAUGAUGAAAUACUUUAUUUUGGAAAAUGCAUCAAAGCAGAAAUUACGGAAACAAAUGAUCAUUGCAGGCAACUUUCUUUGACUUCCAUUGACGAGAAUUCUUUGUUUUCGCAUUGUAAUUCAUUUUUGGACAAUGUUUGUUCCGCGUCGCAUAAUAUUGUAAAGUUAAAAUGUGAUGUUAUGGAGAAUACUUCUUCACUGAUUGGUUUUAUCAAGGUUCUUCUGGAAGCAUUUGCUGAAAAGUGGCCAUUGAUUGGUGACAGUACUGCUGUAUAUCAGCGAUUAAUCGGAAAUAUGAUCAUCGAAAGAUUCCAGGAAUUAAUCACGAAUGAAUUAUCAGUCUUGGAACGAAGUUUUCUGGAGAAAAUUCCCACCAUUUCGUGCCAUCCGCCAGCGUUGUUCAAAAAACGUGCUCCGAAACUUGAUUCACUUCUUGCUACCGGUGUUUCACAAGAAUUGAUGAGUACUGUCAAGGAAUUUGAUGGUAGCUUGCAUUCUUUAUUGGAUUUUAUCAAGGAAUAUGAAACUAUUGGUAAGGAGCAAGCAGUAAAUCAGUUACGUGAGCAAUUCUCUGUUGCUGUUUUGGAAAUGUUGAAGAGAUUAUGUGCCGUUGUGGAAGAAUUUGAUAUUUCUGAUGACAGUUCAAAUGGUUCACAUUCCAAUCGUGCAUUAUGUAUGGCUAGAGUUUAUAUUUCUUUGAUGCAGUUUUGUAACUCGUCUAUUUCUCUAUCCAUGCCAAAAAACAUGGAACGUAUGAUGGAAUGUGCAAGAAUGUUAUGUGAAAGUGCUGAAAAAUCGCUUUGUACUUAUUUGGAUGUGAUCAUUGAAAAUUGUGCUGAAGAGAAAGAAGUAAGGAAGCUGGCUGAAGUCCACGGUGAUCCAUUCAUAUUUGUAUCAUAUUUGCAGGAGUUUGAAAAAUUAGAAUUGCCUGAAGUUGGUAUAGUGGAAGUGCCUGUACAAAUUAAUCGAAUUUUAUACUCUUUUCUAUACCAUUUAUGUCAAAAGAUCUCUAACGAUUCCAUUGGUUAUUUAUGUACACGAAAUAUUCGAUCACACAUUUCACAACAUCUUGAACAAUUACUUCUUUCUGUGUAUUCCGUCGUUGCUCAUUCUAGUGUGGAAUUAUCCUCUCGAAUCGCUCUACAGUAUCUUUUCGAUGUUCGUUUCUUGAAUAUUAUCUUGCCAAAUGGUGGUAUGCGUCCGCUAAUUCCGCUUUUAGAAGCAAAAUUGGAUCCGUUUGAUUUGAGUCUUGUUUCUAGCGCGCUUGGAAAAAAUGCUCGGGUGGUGGCUCAACGUCAUUCGAUCAUUUUUGCACAUUUGCUUUCGGAUGUGAUAAUUAAUAAAGAGCUUUCAUUGAAUGCAUCUUUCUCGGCUGUUGUUGAUAUUGUACCUCGGCUAAGUGAUGCACCACGUCUUCCACAUAUCCCACGUUUGACGAAAAAUACGAAGUCCGAUGAUAUGCUAUCUUCAACUGCCAUAGUAGCUGCGAGAAAGAAGGAAUCAAGAACUCAGCAACAACAGCAGCUAGGAAGUAUCAAAGCUACACCGUCAUUUUCAUCAUUUUAUAAAAUCUCUACAAGCUGGUUUGGGAACAGUCAAAACUAA